AUGGCGACAACACAUAACCAACCUGGCGUCUUCGCGAUAACCAAGGGCAAGAUGUUUAUCCUUGCCUCUCUCGUCUUCACAUGGUGGGUGGCCCAUCUGCUACCACACUACGAGCCCAUGAUCCGCUCGCACCUUACCGAUCGCCUGCAAGAAGCCCGACAAAAGAUCCCGUCCAUCAAGGUCGACUGGCGCAUACCCGAAGAGCCCGAAUCCAUGUUCAACGCCUCCAAGGUCGCCCUCAUCAUCGAGCCGCGCCCGCUGCCGCACCUCGUCCCCCUCGUCCUGCACAUGGCCACCGUCGUGCCCCCCGACUGGCGCUUCGUCUUCAUCGGCUCCGAGAAGAGCGUCUUUAGCGUCAGCCGCGCCCACGCCAUCAAGCACCAGCAGGUCAUUGGCAAGCUCGACCUCAUGGUCCUGCCCGAGCCCUGGAACAUCUCCAACAAGGAGAUGGUGUUCCGCAUGCUCACCGACAUUCGGUUCUACGACGAGUUUUUGCCCGGUGUCGAGUGGAUUCUCAAGUACGAAUCCGACAGCAUCAUGUGCGGCAACUCGCCGACCAGCCUCAACGAGUGGUUGGACUGGGCCUGGGCCGGCGCGCCCCGGUCGGCCGAUGACCGCUUCUCGGGCAACGGCGGCCUGUCGCUGCGCAAGGUCUCGGCCAUCCGCCGCGUCCUGCGCUUCCAGGCCCGCUACAACAACUCGGAGCCCGAGGACGAGUGGUUUGGCCGCCGCCUCUGGGUCCUGCCGGGCGAGAAGGUCACGUCUGGCCUGACGGCACUGGCCGUCGAGAACGUCUAUGUUGAGAAGCCCAUGGGCUUCCACAUUCCCAACAGCGGCAAGAACCUGCCGGACGACGUCUGGAAGAACCCGGAACAGCGCAAGAAGAUUUUCGACUACUGCCCGGAGCUCAGCCUGAUCAUGGACAUGAAGUUGGAGCGCGAGCGUUGCGAAGGCGACGAUAAGCAGGGCCACAUUGUGCCCGCGAAGAAGGACUCUGAGGAGGAGCGGAAAGCAUCGCUGGCAAGCGUCGCGUCCGUGUCCUCUGCCAGCGUCGCCAGUGUCGCCAGCGUCGCGAGCGUGGUCAGCGUGGAGAGCGCGGCCAGUGUGGCCAAGACUGCCACACCGACGCCGACCGACCAGCCAGUCGCACAACCCGAUGCCCAAUCAACGGCGCCACCCACAGCCGCCUCAGACACGCCUGCUGCUGAUCCAAUGCCGGCGUAA